UGUCAUUGCUCUACUUUAGCUCCGACUUUGUGGUUUUAAAUAAAUAAUAAAAUAAUAAUUACAUUUGAAAUAAAAAUAAAAAUGAAAUUUAAAAAUAAAAUUGAUAUUCAAUACAAAUAUUUGUUAAUAUACUUGUUCCUAAUCCUACAAGCAGAAGCUGCAAGACCAUUUAGCAGUGGAAGUACUAGAUCAAAUGUUGGCUCAGGUAUUAGAAGCUAUGGAACUACAAGUAGUUUUGGAAACACUAGAUCCAAUUUUGGUUCAGGUACUGGUAAUGAUGGAAGUACAAGUAGUAUUGGAAAUACUAGAACCAAUUUUGGCUCAGGAAGUACAAGUCUUAUGGGAUCGAAUAUUGGAACAACGAAUUACAAUACCGGUUGGAGUUCUCAGUCUAACAAACCCUUUAUUAGUAUUGCCGACAGCAAAAGAGCUCUGCUCUCAGGAUCUAAUACGCCUCAAACAUUUCCCUCAACAAAUUCUGGAUUCAGUUCGACCUAUAAGUCAUCCGGUUUGAGGCUACCAAACGAGUCUACCAAACCCGUUAAUAGUAUUGCCGACGGCAAAAAAAAUCUCGGCUUCGAAAGAAACACGGCUCAAAAUUUUCCCUCAACAAAAAAUAAUCCAACCGAUUUUAAUUCCCAAUCUAACAAACCCAUUAUUAGGAUUGCUGACGCGGAAACAAAUCUCCAUUCCGGAUCAAAAGUAUCCACUAAUUUGAAUAUACCCACCAAACAACCGGCCUAUAAUCCAUAUUUUAAUGCAGGAGCGAAAGUGCAAGCCUCUAAGAAUAUUGAUGGUCCACUAAUCCAGCAAACUGCUUUCGGUGCAGGAAAUCAAUUACCAACAGCCCCCAACUAUGAUGCAAAUACACUGUCUAAGCAAUCUGCUUACACUCCGAUAUUUAGCACCGUGCCGAAAACUCAAGUUCCCAACAGUAAAGAUGAGAAUUCACAGCCCAAGCAGCCUGCCUACAAUCCAUUCUAUAACACUGGAACGAAUGAAAGUCCCAAUUUUACUACGAGCAAACAACCUCCCUAUAAUCCAUCUUUCCAUGAAAUGAAUACUCAAACUGUUCCAGCUGGUUCAAAUCACCAGCCGCCAUAUAAUGCAGAACAUACUUCAAAUGUAAAAAACAUAACAAAUAAUAUAAAUAAAUCCAUAUUGCAAAGAAUGUUACCAACUGCAACAGUUGUGAAUAAUAACUUUAACAGAGUAACAGAAAUACCAAAAUCAAAUACUAAUAAUAUGUUUGCUAAUAAAACAACAACGAACAUAAUUCAAAUUCCACCAAUUGGACAUUUCAAUAAUUUGAAUUUUACUAAAAAUUCCACAAAUACUACCAACACCAACUUCUCAACUACACCUAUGGAUUAUAUAAAUAAUUUUAAACAUUUAAAUGCGUUGAAUCUCCAGCAUGAUAAUAAAGCACAAGAUAAUAAAAUACCUAGCAAGAAUGGUUAUAAACGUGCUAAAAUUGUACAUAAUUAUCUUAAAGGCAAUAAGGCUAUGCUAAGCCAUACCUCUUCUAUAUUGGGUCUGAAAGGUUACACUGUGGGCGCAGUACAACAAUUGAAUCAUUUAAAAACUCAGCAAGAGUUAAAUAAGGCUCUUAAAACUCAUAAACCAAAUUAUAUCAAGAGGCAAAUUCCUGUUAUUAUUGCAGUUGUUAUAAUUAUAUCAAUUGUUGGUGGUAUUAUUAUUUUCUUAAAAGUAAAGAAGUAAAAUUAUAUAAAUAUGUUUUUGGAAAUCAAAAUAUAUAUAUGUAUAUUUAUAACAUUAUAAGGGGCACAAUGUUACCUAUGAAACCAUAGAAAAAAUUAAAUUAUUUUAUAUUGUCAACCUACAAAUUCACGAUUAGUUUUUGAGAUGGUUUAGGUUAUUAGACUAAUCAGAAACAUAUUAAACUGAAUCACUUGCGGCUGCAUUGUAUAAACGAGAUUGAUUUUCCUUUAAUUAACUUACUUUUUCAUAGUAAAUAUCUAUACAAACUUUUAUUUUAUGUUUUAAUUAUUAUUUUUUUAUUUACAUAUCACAUUUUCAAUUUCAAAAUAUAUUGUACCAGGAUUUUUCUUCAUUUUUAUUCGGGAUGUGCUCCAACGGAUUGUAAAAAGUUUUAAACUAAAUAAAUUUUAUGCAUAUUAGUUUGGUUAAUAAAAA